GAUCGGCUGUUUUAAUCAGAUUGAAACCGUUGGUAGAUAAAUGUUAGCUUUAGCUUCAGCAACACGCUGCAGAUUGCUUACUGUCGCGGCGAAGCUAACCAGCUAAUUAGCUAGCAGGUUGUAAUAGUUGACUGGCAACACACAGCUAGCUAGCUAGCUUAGCUCAGUUUAGCUGGAUCAAGAAAGACACAAAAUCUGAGGAAAAUUAAGACUUGACCCUGUGGACACCCGGCAGUGUAAAUAACCAGCGGUGAACAGUUUGAAUUUUGUCUGCUGUAGUUUCUGGUCAUCGUUAGUUGUACUGGGAGGACUGGUGAUGGGGCACAGGGUUGUCCUCGGGGUUCAGCGGCCCCGCCCCGUUCAGCUCGUGCUGCUGUUCCUCGUCGUCCUGCUUGCAGCGGUUUGGGCGGAGAGCCAAGACUACUACAAACUGCUGGGAGUCAACAGGGAGGCCACGACCAGAGAGAUACGGCAGGCCUUCAAGAAGCUGGCGCUCACCAUGCACCCCGACAAAAACCCUGGCGACGCCUCGGCCCACGAGAAGUUCGUGCAGGUGAAUCGAGCCUACGAGGUUCUGAAGGACGAAGACCUCAGGAAGAAAUAUGAUAAAUAUGGAGAAAAGGGACUGGACGAGCAGCAGCAGGGAGGACGCUACGAGAGCUGGAACUACUACCGAUAUGACUUUGGCAUCUACGAUGAUGACUUGGAGAUCAUCACGUUGGACAGCGGAGACUUUGAGGCAGCAGUGAACUCUGGAGAAAUCUGGUUCAUCAACUUCUAUUUCCCACGAUGCUCACACUGUCACCAGCUGGCUCCAACGUGGAGGGAGUUUGCCAAGGAGAUGGAUGGAGUCAUCAGGAUUGGAGCAGUGAACUGUGGAGACAACAACCAUCUCUGCAGGAGUAAAGGCAUCAACAGCUACCCCAGUCUGUUUGUAUACAGAGCAGGACAGAGACCAGAGAAGUUUAAUGGGGAGCGUUUCAAGGACAACCUGGUCCGCUUCUCCAUGCAGUUCAUCACAACAACGGUCACUCAGCUCUGGCAAGGUAACGUGUUCAGCGAGAUAGAGAGUGCGUACUCGUCGGGGCUCGGCUGGCUGAUCACCUUCUGCUCUUACAAUGGAGAUUGCCUGGAGCCAAGAACAAGACAGAAGCUGGCUGGGAUGUUGGAUGGUCUAGUUAAGGUGGGAUGGAUGGACUGCACCUCACAGGAACAGCUCUGUAACAGUUUCCAGGUGACCAGUGGAGCGACUGGUUUGUUCCCAGCUGGAAGUUCUCUGGAUCAACAAGGCAGCAUACUGUGGCUGAAUACUCUGGACAGUAAAGAGAUUUACAAUCAGGUCAUCAACCAUCUGCCUGAUCUGGAACUGCUGACCAGUGACACCUUCCAGCGGAAGCUGGCCCAUCAUCGCUGGUUGGUGAGUUUUACGUUUGGAGACAGAAGCCCCGCCUCCAACGAGUACAAAAAGCUACAAGCUUUCCUCCGCAAUGACCACAUACAGGUUGGCAGAGUAGACUGUAUAGCAGACUCAGAGUUGUGUCAGUCUCUCUACAUCCAUAAACCCUGCGUGGUCGUCUUCAAAGGACUGGGAAUCCACGACUUCGAGAUCCACCACGGUAAAGAUGUGUUGUACAACAUUGUGGGUUUUGCGAGGGACAGCGUUCGUGCUCAUGUGACGACUCUGAGACCUGACAACUUUCCUUCAGACAAAAAGGAGCCCUGGGUGGUCGACUUCUUUGCUCCGUGGUGUCCUCCAUGUCGAGCCUUACUGCCUGAACUGAGAAAAGCUUCAAUCCAGUUGGCUGGACAGAUGAAGUUUGGUACUCUGGACUGUACCAUCCACCACAACCUCUGCUCUAUGUACAAUAUUCAGGCUUAUCCCACCACAGUGAUCUUUAACGGUUCCUCUGUUCAUGAAUAUGAAGGACAACAUUCAGCUGACGGCAUCCUGGAGUUCAUACAGGAUCUGGUCAAUCCAUCUGUGGUGGUCCUGGAUCCUUCCAGCUUCUCCGAGAGAGUCAAAGGUCGAGCCGAGGGGCAGAUCUGGGCGGUGGAUUUCUACGCUCCAUGGUGUGGUCCCUGUCAGGCUCUGAUGCCAGAGUGGAGACGCAUGUCCAGGCUGCUGUCAGGUCAGAUCCUGGUCGGUUCAGUUGACUGUCAGCGGUUUCAGUCGUUCUGUCAGAGUCAGAACGUGAGGGCGUACCCUGAAAUCCGCCUGUACCUCAGCAACACCCGGCAGCCAGAUCGCUACAUGAGUUAUAAUGGCUGGCACAGAGAUGCCCAUUCACUGAGAGCAUGGGCACUGAGCUCUUUACCCAGAGUGUCAGUGGACCUGACUCCAGAGUCCUUCAGGUCUCUGGUUCUAUCAGGUCAGGAUCACUGGGUUCUGGAUUUCUACGCCCCUUGGUGUGGACCCUGUCAGCACUUUGCCCCAGAGUUUGAGGUCCUGGCUCGGAUUCUGAAAGGGAAGGUUCGAGCAGGGAAGGUGGACUGUCAGGCUCACUAUCAGAUCUGUCAGUCAUCUGGAAUAACCGCUUACCCGACCGUCAGAUUCUACCCGUACCUGGGAACAAGGAGGCACGAGCACAGUGGAGAGCACAUCAAUAGCCGGGAUGCUAAUGUGAUUGCUGACACCAUCAGACAGCGACUACAACAGCUGUCGCCACGGUUACACAACAAACAGAAGGACGAGCUCUGAUGAUCUCGGGGGCGGUGCCGUGAGAAAGACCAGCAAUCUGAUUGGUCAGGGAGGGACAGAAGUGGAUUUGAUUGGUCCAGCACAAAGAUCAGUCACUUAACACUCCUUGAUAAGACCACAGCUGUAGCAAAAAGACAGACAGACAGACGGGACACUGACUGUUACCUGCUGUGUUGAAUGUGCUGAAACUUUCUGCCUUGUUUUUAUUUGAUUUUUUUUAUUUUGUCUCCAUUGUUUGUAUUUACUCUAUGAAGUAAAACUGUGGGACACUGUAUACUGGACAUGUUAUUCUCUCUUUCUCUCUCUCACACACACACACCAGAUGUCGACAUAGUGUUGUAUUUUAUUGUUCAUGUAGAAACUGUUGGACCUUCAGAAUAAAACUGUUUCUGUUAAAAGAUUUCAACAGUCA